CUGCUCCCAAGGAUGCUUCCGAAUGAUUGACUCUCGUCUAUACACCAAACAACACCUGAGCAGGCAGAAAUCUAGCCUUUGCCUGAGAAUCAUCGAACACUUCGCAUUGAACAGAUCGAUCGUCAAACAUGAAGCAUAAAUAUCCUCACUGAUAACCGAGUCGAUCGCAAUAAUCUCCGUCAAUAGUCACAAACUAGCGCUUGGCUAGUUCGCCAUUCAGCCUCAGCUGCAAUUUCCCCUGUCAAGGGGAGGCAAAAAGGCCAGGACCUCUUGUCUGGGUGAUAAAAUAUUUGGGUAAGCCUAGCCUAUACUAUCGGUACUUUAAACUAGUUUAUUUCGACAUCCUGAUCCAGUGCCCAAUCUUUUCUUGCACCCUGAGGUCUAUCGACAUCUAGAAUCCAAUAGUUCAAUCUCCUAUUCCAUAGUAAAAAGAAUUCUUCAAAAUUGACCAUGGGGUAGUUUCUCUCCUUCAUCUGCUUUGGCAGUCGUCGCUCGUUAUUCCAUCGUCAAUAUGCGUUUCGCGCUUCUAUGGUCGCUGCUUACGGUAGAUUCUGUGGUCGCCAGCGUAUGUAAACCUCGCCAGUCAAGCACAGCUGGGAUUGAGACUGCGACGACAGCUACUGUCGAGUUAUCCACCGGCAUCGCGACGUCGACAGUGGAAGAUGUUACCACUACCGAAGUCGCAACGACUGUAGAGACCAGCACCGAGACUGCUGCCUCAACACUCACAGUCGCCGAAACCACAACAAGCGACAUCUCCGGACCUCUAGAAACAUUCGUUCUCGCCGCCAAAGUCGAAGGCACCGUCAGCGAAGAGCUCUCAGGCGCAGACCGCGAUGGUUCCCCAGUAGUAUGGCCAACACCACGCUUCAUCGCCAGCGGUCCAUUGAUCAUCUCCAUCGACUCCACGACGAGUUAUCUCCAAACAAUCGGUGGAUUCUACCUCUGCGUUGCAUACGGAGAUGGCACUUCAGCAAAUGGUGUCAAGCUUUGCAGCACCGAGUCCCUUGAAACCCCUGCCUUUGGCGCUCUUACGUGUGAGCAGACGGAGGAUCGGAAGAUUGCAUGUGAGGCUCAAGCUGGGCAGUGCAUUAGCGAUGGUGAGAAUACCAUAUGCUCCGAACUUCCGGGGACGUAUGAUCAGUUCUAUUACUAUAGGGGAGCCUUUAAUGGGAUUUAUCUCGGAAUCGGGUCUGCUGUGAAUACCGAUGAGAGCCAGCAUCCUGUUGAACUCAAGGCCAGACGGAGCAGCACAUGAUCAGGCAGUAAGAUACUUGAGCAGACCACAUAAUGAAUAGCUACGAUGAUUUGUGGCUUAUAGCUGAAGACCCUGUGUCGUCAGACCUCGGAGCCUCCCAGCCACGGCGUCCUCGGCUCGCCGACCCAACGUUCCAGACCCGUUGUCACCUCAGCCUUAAACCUUCGUAGCUAGGAUGGAUAUAAGGUUGUGUGUCCGGGUUGUUGGGUCUCAAGCUUUAUGCAGUCAGCUCACUAGCCGGCACCACCGGAUGUUUGCAGUUAGAGUUAGUGAAAGUCAAUUGAAUGUUAGCGUUGCUGCCUGUUAGCACUUCAAACAGCAACGAUUGGAAGCAUCCGAUUUGAGGUCAAUUGAAUGAAGUUUGUUUGUUUGCUAAAUUCUGACGGUGAGGGGUUGCUGUUGAUGGCCGCUUAGAUGCGUGGGGAUGGGAUUCGGGAAGAUGAACACUCGCCGAUGACUCACAAUGUCAAGCUUCCGUUGAAAGGAGAAUGAUUUAACUCCUGCACAUGCCAAACUUGCUGACAAGUGAUGCAAGAGAUGCGAUAAAGAGCAACCGAUGAUGGUGACCACUGGCUGAGAACGAGUGACGACGACAGCUUCCGUCUCGACGGCGAUAAGAAGGAACUCCGAGACCACAUCGAUGCGGAAGUUUUCUGAUCAUGAGAGACGAACUCACCCUCAAUAUCGGGAAUGUUCCGAUGAUACACCCUCACCAUGAUGCGGACGAACAAUAGAGCGAUGCUGACCUCCCAAGGGCGCGCAUGUAGAGAAAAGCUCAUAAGGGAAUGAUCCAAAGAGGCAUUAGUCUGAUAGUGCCGAGAAACGCAGAGCAGCUUCGCGAAGCGGUAACGGAGAGAAUAUACGAACGUGGUCGAGGACGUCAGACUACCAUAGCUCUUGUCAUCGGCGUCUUUAAGUGCUCGAACUCUUCAAAGACUGACGUAGCGCCAUGCUACUCCUAGCCAGCCCUCAACCCCUCGAUCCGAUCCAGUACGGAACAUCAUCUACCUGUCUCUUCCCAAUACCGCCCGGCCUCAAACUCUACAACAUACAGUGCUUGAAGCUAUACCCGAAGCCUGGUCUCUUGAACGAAUUCUAGCUGGCCAUUGAGUCAGAACGACUUACCUAGCUUUGGAAGGACCUCAUCGUGUUAGCUUGAAAGCUGAGACCCGCGCUACUCUUACCUUGCUCUUGGGUACGACGGGAUAAUUCCCGGGGAUGUCUUGGCAAAUUCUCCGCUCGAAUAAAUAACGAUUCUCACCGUCUGUGGAAUGUUCGAAGAUGCAGUAUAUAGCCACCUUCUCUGCCAGUGCUGGACAUGCAGAUUUGAUCAUCCCAACACCUCAGUUGGACUGCCUCGAUACAUGAACUUCUCGAACAGGUCUAUUAGAGAUGUCCCAUUGAACGAUAGCUAGCAAUUGCCGGAGUUGAGUACAUCAUGAUUGCACAUAAGACCAUCUCAAGAAGAUCUAUCGGUAAAAAGCCUUUAUCUUGUGCCUAGAUUCACGAACUUAGGUCGCCGGCUGGGAUGCUCGCCAGGAUGUUCGAUCAGUACAGUGUCCAAAGCCGCCCAUUUUAGUGCUACGGACUGCUAGAUAUACUGCUGAAAAGGAGAACUGGAUGGUAGCUCUAACUAAAGUACAUCGUACCGGCACAUAUCUUCUGACGGCCGAGGAUGGUAGCAGACAUAUUCAGCGAUCUCGGGUCGUUGAGUCCGGCCCGUGUACCAGUGAGGUUGAAGCUCUUUCCGAAGCGCCACUUGUAGACACUUGACGGAUUUCACAGACUGGCCACCUCGUGCCCACAACGAAGUGUCAUAAUACCAUAUCAAUAAUAAGGAGACUUUGAUAAAAUUGAGCUAUGCCUGGCUCUGUGUAUAUACCAUAGCAGGCAGUUUGUAACCCCUGGCUGCGAUGUAUUCGUCGAUCUGUUCUUACUUCAGCGCACUCAUCCAUGACCGAUAGAGCACUUCCUUCGCAGUGAAAUCAUGUCAGUGGAUAGAAGUAAAUAAAUUCUCUGAGUGGUGUAUUUGUCUCUAAUGGACGUCCUCAUGAGAGGAGAUGGAGGGCGGAGCGGCAGAGUCUUGGACCCAAGGACAUCUUGAGUGAACACACAGUACCCAUUGCACAAAGACAUAGACAGCAUAGCAAC